AUGUAUCUAAAGACAUAUCAAAAAGGAAUUUUAUCAAAAUUGCUAUACAAUGAUUUUUAAAUUAUUAUAUACAUAGACACAAUUCUUAUUCAAUUUUCAAGUUUAUAUUCCUUUCUUAAUUAAUAAUGUAUAUAGAACUUCUACUUUCAAUAAAAUUAAUUAUCUUUCCUAUAUUUAUUAUAUAGAAUCAUUGUUUUAACAGGCAAAUUUUAUGAAUAAAAUAACUAUUAUCCAAAUAAGCUUAUUUAUUGA